AUGUCUUUUGCCACAAUUAACCGAUCUGCUACGAAAACUCUUCUGGCCAGUAUCCCUGCCAUUGAAGAUGCCUUCGCUGCCGAACCUUCUUUGAAGAAACGAGUUUAUGAUGCGAUUGAGAAUACCCCGCAAUAUGUACCUCUUUUCGAGGAUAUCGCUAAAUAUACCACCAGCCUGCUGGCCAGGCACGCAAAUUCACCCACACAGCCCGUAGAGGCCGACGAAGGCCCUGCCGCAAAGAAACGGAAGCUCCAGAACGGCAAUGUCGCAGGCAAUGCACAGUCUCCAGGCGAUGUUAAGGCGGAAGCGUCCUUACAAUUCUACAUGCAGGAUGUGUCCUUUGCUAUACCGCAACGGAAGAAGCUCACCCUCGAGGUAACUGCCGGGCGCGGUUUUCUGCGCGCGCGGAACCAAACAUCAAAGGAAGUGGAGUUUGGUGUUCCAUUGGAUAGAAUACGACAUGUUUUGUGCCUUCCAGUGCCCGAAAAGUCUCAACGGCAAUUCAACUUCUGUAUCAUCCCGCAAUACAGCGAUGGCAUCAAUCCGCCUCCGGAAGGCGAAGAAGUGUUCGAGUCUAUGGUAUGGACUGUCUCCGAUGGACCGGCUAAGGCUGCAUUCUCCGGGAAUGGGCAGCAGGUUGGCACUGGUGAUGGAGAGACAGCUGAGGCCUUGGUCCGACGGAUGUUGAAUGAGAAUCUAUCGCAUACUAAGGUCGUCCGUCCGGAUGAGAGACAGUUUGUGAGUGCUAUGCCAGAGGCGCAUCGAAAGGGGGAGAAGGCCUAUCAUGUCAAAGCCUUCCGUGGUAGCAAAGAAGGCUAUCUUUUCUUGCUCUCUACGGGUAUUUUCUUCGGUUUCAAGAAGCCGUUGGUCUUCUUUGCCUUUGAGAACAUUGAGUCGAUCUCAUACACUUCAGUCCUCCAGCGCACUUUUAACCUCAACAUCGCGGUGCGACCCCACAAUGGUGCUGAAAACGAGACGCAGGAAUUCGAGCUCUCUAUGAUUGAUCAGGCUGAUUAUGCUGGUAUUGAUGCAUAUAUCAAGAAGCAUGGUCUACAAGACGCGAGUCUGGCAGAGGCGCGACGUGCUAAGCGCUACAAUCUCAAUGGAGUCAAGGCGGAGGAAGAUGCCGCUGGCACCGCUGACGGCAAUGCUGCGGAGGAGAGCGAAUUACAAAAGGCACAGCGCGAGCUCGAAGAUCAGGAGGAUGAGGAUGAAGAAGACUAUGAUCCCAGCAGUGACGGCGAGAGCGAUGGUAGUGGCUCGAGCAGCGAGGAAGACGAGGACGGGGAUGAAGAAGGCGACGAAGACGAGGAAGGGCAAGACCUUGUUGCGGCCGAGCUUGGGAGUGAAGCAGAAGACGUAGCCGAGGACGAACUGUGA